CGAUCAGAGUCCAAGCUACCGGCGAAGGAAGACUUCCCACUGAGGCUGAGAUCGGCGAGCUGCUGCAGAAGGGAAAGCUCAGCCCCAAUGAGGAGCAGAUCAAAGGAUUCAUGGCUAAAAUGGGGGUCGACUUGUCUGGGAAACAGGAUGAUGGAGAGGGCUGGAAGGGGGCAUAUGCUUCUGCUGCUGCUGCUGCUGCUGCCAAUACUCAUGCCGAACCCACUGGUAUGGUCACUGUCUUCGUUCCUUCCGGCGAGGCUCAGCAGACCGGAAGUGCUUGAGUGGCUCAGAUCCACGCUGCAACUCUAGCAGGUUCGUCCCUCGUCACGAAC